CCCCGGGUCCCGGAAGCCAUGGCGCGGGGCCUGCGGAGCUGGCUGGCCGGCUGCCUGCUGGCGUCAGCAUUGGGAAUGGUGCCACCUCCUGAAAAUGUCAGAAUGAAUUCAGUUAAUUUCAAGAACAUUCUGCAGUGGGAGUCUCCUGCUUUUCCCAAAGGGAAUCUGACUUUCACAGCCCAGUACCAGAGUUACAAGAAAUUCCAAGAUGUGUGCGUGAGCACUGCCUCGACGGAAUGUGACUUCUCAACUCUUUCCAAGUAUGGUGACCACACCUUGAGAGUCAGAGCUGAAUUUGCAGAUGAGCACUCAGACUGGGUAAACAUCACCUUCUGUCCUGUGGACGACACUGUUAUUGGACCUCCUGGAAUGCAAGUAGAAAUGCUUGCUGAUUCUCUACAUAUGCGUUUCUCAGCCCCUCAAAUUGAGAAUGAACCCGAGACGUGGACCAUGAAGAAUAUUUAUAACUCGUGGGCUUACAACGUGCAAUAUUGGAAAAAUGGUACAGAUGAAAAGUUCCAAAUUACUCCUCACUAUGACUUCGAGGUCCUCAGAAACCUGGAACCAUGGACAACUUACUGUGUUCAAGUUCAAGGGUUUCUUCCCGAUCGGAACAAAACCGGCGAGUGGAGCAAGCCUGUCUGUGAGCAGACCACUGAGGACGACACGAUCCCCUCUUGGCUGGUCGCUGUCAUCCUCAUCGCGUCUGUCUUUGUGGUCUUCCUGGUGCUCCUCGGCUGUUUCGCCCUGCUGUGGUGCAUUUACAAGAAGACUAAGUACGCCUUCCCACCCCGGAACUCCCUUCCACAGCACCUGAAAGAGGAACCUCAGAAACCUGUAACAAAACAACCCUGGGAGCCCCGCUCACAGCUCAUCCCGGAUGUGUGAAAAUGGCCGCGUCCUCGCGGUCUAUGCCCUGCUGGUACUCGGGGCGGAUUUUGCGACCUUGUCGAGUCUCUGGGCUGGAGCUGCGCUGGGCUGGGAGGAUGUGGGCAACACCUCCCACCUGCUGAGGCUGCCACCUGUGCAGCCAGGAAGUGAAAGAGGAAAGACCCCUCCUGUGAGAAAAUGCCCAACCAUUCUGGGACCAGAAGAGGCUUCAGCAGGGCACCGUGGGGGUCACCCCCAAGACGCUGUAGCAGAAAACAUAUGUCCAGUUGGUUUGAAAGGCCCCUGAGGGGAAGAGUGUACACCAUCUUUACCCCUCCCUGCCCUUCCUUGUUCUAGCUCUUUCUGGCAGCCCAGCCUUAUAGAAAGGAUCUCACUUCCUCACGGGGCUCCCGCCCUGCCCUCUGAGACCAGAUUAACCUCCAAGGCGUGCCCUGCUCCUCCCCCUCUGGCCAAGGCUCACAGCUGUGGGUCUCGGCCAGAGCUGCACCUUGUGGCCACCUGGGGAGCAUUAAAAAUGUCAAUACCCAGUGUGACAUGACCAUGACCAAUUAAUUCCAGCUAUCUGGGUGGGAUUAGCAUCUUUAAAGCUCCCCGGGUUGUCCUGAUGUGCAGUCCGGGUGGAGGGCCCUGUAGCCGAGCAGGUGUGGGCCGUGAGGGGCUGCUCAGCCCUGCCUGCCUAUGAAGUCCUGCUCUACGGCCUUCAAAGGGCCUUUUGCUUUGAACACCCGACUAACGGGAUCCACCCACUACCCUGUGCUUCCGCCAGAAGGUUUCUUUCUGGAGGGAUUGUGAGCGUCUCUGGGAAAUGUUUUCAGGCCCCAAUGCACCCUGCCCACUCUGCUUCAGGCUCCUUGGAGGCACUCCACUGGCCCCCUGGGGAGCCAUUCUCCACGCUGCUACCCCUGUCUCUGUGCCAGCACCUGGCAAAGUGCCUCGUAGACUGCACUAAGUAGCGAGUACUAAGAAAUGUCUGUUGAAUUAAUGGAUGAUAAAAAAUGGUAAACUGAAGCCUUCUUGAAUGCACAACAACUACACAUGCGGAUUAAAUAGAGAGCUGUAAAUUAACAAAACGCCAUGAAAUGUAUGCAAGAGAAAAACAAAACCAGUA